AUGGCGGAGCUGCCACCCGUUCUUGUAACUUUCAUUUUUCCUGAAGUCAAAUUAGAACUCCACUCAUGGCCACUUGGUAAAUAUGUAUUUCUUUUUCAGGAAGAGUUGACAUUCAGGGAUGUGGCUAUAGAAUUCUCUCCAGAAGAGUGGGCAUGUCUUGACAAUGCUCAGCAGAAAUUGUACAGGGAUGUGAUGUUAGAGAACUACAGAAACCUGGUCCCUCUGGGUCUUGCUGACUCUAAACCAGACCUGAUCACAUGUCUGGAGCAAAGGAAAGAGCCUUGGAGUGUGAAGAGAGAGGAUACAACAGCUAAACACCCAGGUAGGUGAGAUUGAGUGAAGCAGAUAACAGAGGUGA